UCACAAGAUUUUGUUGCCGCAUACUUACCUGUUCAAAUUUCCCGCCGUUACGCCUCCACAAUCGGUGGUGCUGCCAUUUGCCGGCAAUGAUGCGGAACACGUUGAUUAGCGCGACGCGGUCUGCUGACUGCAUCGUCCCGUUGGCGCACCCGUUUUUUCGUGGUCUAUGGGCCAAGUUUCAAAAUCCACCUUUGGCAACUUCGGAGCUCGCUUGCCGUGUGUGUGUGCCGGCUGAACUGAACCGGCGGGAGGGUCAGAUACGGAUAGUCUGCGUUUGCAAUUCGUAUUUACAAUUAAUUCCUCUCGUUAGUGCGUGUUUGGCAUUGUUUAUACUCGCUUCAGUGGAACGCAGCGUUGCGUUUACGGGCAAGUCGUGUCUGUGCGUAGUGCAAGUGAAGGUGUGGUGUUGUGCGGUGCGGUUGGUUUGUGGGGAAACGUCGCCCGGUACAGAGCAGUGUGAAGCACGGCUGUGUUAUGAGUGCGACUUGUUCUUGCGGCAGUCGGCGCGGCGGUACAUUUGGACUGUUGAUGCGCCCGGGACCGUGCUUGUUCGGCGCAGUUGCGAGCACGACACCAUCGACAACUGUCACCAUGCCUGGACAGGAAGCAUAGAGGUGAAGCAACCAUGGCCUGCGAUUCACUCCAAGGAGCUAUGUGCCAGGAAGUGCAAUCCCUGGUGAACGAGUUCUUCCGCGACGGCACCAGCAAUCAGCGAAAACAUGAAAUAGAGUGUCAUUUGUCGGAGCUCAAUCGGCAGGAGGGCAGCUGGCGACAGUGGCUGCAGCUGGUCUGCUGCCGCAAGGAGCCUGAACUGUUGGCCUUUGCCUUCUCUGCCCUCCAGGAUGCCAUUUCAGGGCACAGCCUGGACCCAUCCGCCCGUCGCCAGCUCCGCAGCAGCCUGCAGCACCUACUACUGUCCUCACAGCAGCAGUCAGCAUUCGUGCGUAACAAGUUGUCAAAGCUGCUCGUGGACCUUGCUUGCAUCGACUGGCCACACAACGAGCCCAGUUUCUUUGACGACAUUGUGCAGCUGUGCCAGUCCGAAGAUACACGGCCACUGGGGCUACUGCUGCUGCAGACGACAUCGGAGGAAGUGGCGACCGCACCUCGUGGGAACUUGACCGCUGCCCGCCUCGACGAGUUGCGUCACCUAGUUAUACAACAGAUGCCCCGCACCUGGGCAUUGAUUACAGGUGUGCUGAAGAGCAGGCCCGUUGACAGUGGGAACGCGCACCAGGCGCUUCGGUGCACCGAGCACCUGUUGAGCUGGUUGCCCCUGUCAGCUGUGGACCCCAAGCUCAUGGACGCCCUCUGUUGCUGCAGUGCUGCAGCUUCGGCCUCGUCUUCACUGGAGGGCCAAGCACAGGUAGAUGCCGAGGAGCUGGGUGUCUUAUCUCUAACCUGCCUGUGUGAGGCUCUGGCGCGGGCUACGGCAGCUGACCUAGGAUCUGACUGCCUUCAAUUGCUUCAGCAGUUUGCCGUCGGUGCCCUGCAGGCUGCCAAUUCUCCCGCCGUCGCUGCCUCCGCAAACAACAGGUCGGGAGCAUUCGGCUACCUUGACAAGCUGAUAGAGUUCCUGCGCCUCUUCGUUGGGGCAAGCCUGCCCUGUUUCGAAGACAACAGCCCCGCGCUUCUUCAGCUGCUGUCCCUCUUGUUCGACUACACCUUCCGAGAGUCAAGUGCGGAGCGGUACUGCGUGUGCCUGGAGAUGUGGGGCACGCUGCUGGCCCGCCUGGCGGCGCAUCGGUCGGCCGACAAUUACCGGCCGCUGCUGCAAACGCUGGUGGCCCGGUUGUUGGCCCGAUGCUGCCAAGGGGAGGGCAGUGCAGCCGAGUCCCUGCAGGAACCCCAGCUGGCGUUGGUCUCCAAGGCAGCCGAGCUGUCACCCCAGGACAUUUGCGCGCAAGUGAUGGAGCUGCUGGAUCCAGAGCUCAGCCAUUACCAAUCACCGCAUGGUGCCACUGCGGUUGAACGGUUGCGCAACCUAUCCGCCCUGCUGCAAGCUCUGGGGCGAUUGGCUCCUCAUCUAGACGCCAACCUGGCGCACAUGAUGACCACAAGGUUGUGCCAGGCUGCCAUCUAUGGACGCCAGCUGCUUGCGAAUGCAGACACUGUGCGAGCGGCUGACAUUUCAAAUGUGCAGGCACAGUUGUUGUCUUCCCUGCGAUUGCUGUGCGCUUACCUGGGAAGCAAGGUCCCGCCCACAGAACUCCUGGUGGAGGCCGCUGUGCCACCUAUCCUCGAACAGAGUCCCGAGAAUGUGUGUCGAGCUGCGUGUGGCCUGCUGCUGUCACUAAGCUCUAGUUUGCGGCCAGCGCAGCUUCUGUCGCUGGCGCCCAUGCAGCGACUGUGUGAGCAACUGUGCCAGGGGAGCCUUCGACCGCUGAGCCCCCAGUGUGAGCAGCUGGUGGUGCAGGCGGCGCAUGCGGCCUUAUGCCUGCCUUGGUCCCGAGUACCCGCUGCAGCCCAGUGCUGGGACCAGAGGGCCGCUGCGCAGAGCAGCCUGGUGAAUGCCCUGGCACGACCCUUACUGCAGAACCAGCCACCAGGGGAGGCAGUGGAGCGUAGCCUGAGGUUGCUGCGAGCCCUGGUGGAAGUGCUGGAAGGUGCGGGAAGUCGAUCGAAGCAGGUUGCGAGCACAGGUUUGGCUCCGGUGUGGCCCUUGCUUCUGGAGCGCCUGCCACCCACCCUGCACAGAGGUGGGGAGGACCCGGUGUUAGGCUUGCUGGCAUGCCUGGUGCGGGUGAUGGCCGCGCAGCUCGGGGCGAGCCGGGUGGGUCCCCUGCUGACCGCCCUGGAGCAGCGGGUGUCCCAAGAGUCUGAGGAGGCAAAGGCCGCUAGUGGACUGGAGUGGCUGUUGGCGCUCUUGCUGCCCCUGGUUCGGGAACCGAGCCUGGGGGAGUUCCUGCCCGCCGUUCUGAGGCUAUGCCUGGACCAGGUCCAGCCACGACUUGCUCAGUGCCCUGCCCUGGUGCCCGUGCUGGGCCCACCCCUGUUCGAGCUGCUGGAGCAGUGCCUGGUGUGCCACUGGCGCCGAUUCUUUCCCGGCGGUGUGGCGGCCCCCGAGGAUUUGCACAAUGGGCCCGAGUUUGGCCGGCUGCUAUCCGCCUAUGGCUGGUCCCUGCGGAUGGGCGAACCAGGCCUCAUGCGCCAGAACCUGCUGGCCCUGUCGGCACUCAACCGCCGGUGUCGGCUCUUCCACAAGUUGGCCUUCCGGGAAUGCCUUCUAGCACAGUUCGUGGAGGUCCUGCUUAACUGCCUAGUGUCGUCGCCCGUGCGCGAUCUGCUCAGGGACGAGUUUCAGCAGCUGCUGUUCGAGCUGGCUGCUGUGGAUUUCGAGGCCUUCUACGGCCGCCUGCUGCCGGCCCUGAUCCCGCCCGAGCCCCUGGCGGGGCUCGCCUGGGAGCGUGACCUUCCUUCUUUCGCUCGACAAAUGGAACGCCUCAUCGGCGACCUGCGGCGGGCUGCUGGCUGAUAAAGGGUGGAGCGUUCAGUGGUCGAGUGACUUCCCACGUCGACGGCUCCGACACCAAUGGAGUCAGUCCAGGCAACUGACCGAGUGAUCACGGCACUUCGAUGUCAUCUGCGACCAAAUCAGGCACAGCGGUGCACCUGCGGUGCUUCUCAGCCAGUGCGAAGUGUCUUGUGAAGAUCAGCUUUGCAUUGCUGGCACUUUCCUGAUCAGCCCCCAAAUUUCGGCGAUCCCAUGUGUAAAUCUGACAUUGUGUACUGCAAAGUAUGCCAGUGAGUUCACUGCCACGUGAAUGAAGAACUUCUAUAUAUCUGGAGUACAGGUGAACAAUACCAGUGACACAGUUUUAAGAACCCGAGUGUACCUCGCCUGCCGCGCAAUGUAUUAUGUGCCUUGUGGUUAGAAAAUUCAUUGUGGCGUGUUUCGUUAUGAGUCGUUCAAGUUGGUUUGCAGAGCUCGUUCUUGUCCUACAGUUUGUAUUUGCUGAAGAACAUGGUUACUGCCUGUGUCGUUGAUCUUGUUUCUCAGCCAUUGUGUUACUUGAUUAUUAUUAUAAUUAUUAUUAUUGUUUAGUGGUAAACUUGUUGAUUUGAGAUUUCAAGACCUGCUGCACGUGUUCAAAAGCAAAAGUGACAACUGCAUUCAUGGAACAUUUGUAUCUUGAGCGGCAGUAAGAGUGUUUACUUCGCGCACGUGUGGUCGUGCCGAAGAUUUGCCAUUGUGCCAACCUUUCUAUGUCAGCGAAACUUGAAGUUAUUGCAAGUUCUUCGAAGGGCAUAUCAUAUCGUGUAUUGCAAGUAUAUAUGAUAUAUCAUAUUAUAUACAGUUAAACCUCUAUAUAACAAAGGAUAUAAUUUUUUAUAACUUCCUGUCGAUAGAACACCAUGUAUUUAGAGCCUCAAUAUAACAGAGUGUGUUUAUACAUUAUUUCAAUAUAACGAAAAUUUACUGCUGCCGCAAAGGAAUACCGAGACAAUAAAUGAACACUUUCGCUAACGAAGAUGGUCAAAUGGUUGAAUUAUAAGCGGCUGUCUGCGAACGCGCCUCUCAAAUGGCGCGCCAAGCAACCAAGAUCGACCGCCGAAACGGAGCAGCCUCAUGUUCCGUAUAAAGUCCAAGCGUGAUAACAUCAUAUCGCAUCCCACGCGCCGUAUGCUGUAUGUACGAAGUGAAAGCGUGCGAGUAUGAGCCGAGAAGGAUGGUGGCUUGAUGCUCAUCAAGCCACCAUCCUUCUCGGCUCUAACUCGCACUGUCUUCCAGCACGAGCAUACCGGCUCAUACAGUCUUCCCGCGCAAGCAAGGGGAAAAGAGCCUGUCAGCGUGGCUGAGCGCAUACGUAGCCCUCGCACCCUGCUUUUAGAGAUAACCUGCUGCGUGUGCAAAGAGUGGGCGUGUCAAGGUGGCGUGGCAUCGUGUGCGCUGUCUUCCUGCAUGUUUGAUACUGGAGGUUGCGUAAUCUUGAGUUUCGGAGACGCAUUUAAAGCCAGACACUAUCACUUUUCGUGAUAGCGUCUGGUGAUAGCGUCUGGACGACGCUAUCGCUUUUCAUCCCACUCAAGGCAAAGCUAUCAACCGCAGAGGCGGAAUGGAUGCGAAACCAUGGCUGGCUUUGCUUUGUAUCGCCGAUGUGAAGAUAUCGUCGACACAGCAUGAAACCGUGUCUUUCGUAGCCGGCUCUCAAAUUAAACAAAAUGAAUUUGUUUCUCAUUAAAAUUUGCUUUUUUUUUAUUGCCCAUUAAUCCCCCUUCCAUGUAAGAAAAAUCCAUCGGCAACUGUACUUAUUUGCAUAAAAGGUUGAAUUUCAAUAUAAAGAAAUUUUGGUAUAAAGAAGCAAAUUGCCAAUUUUACCAACUUUGUUAUGUCGCGGUUUAACUGUACCAGCUACAUUUUAUCAGCAUGUGGAAAUGCUAGCUUAACCAUAUUUCUCCAUCAGCAGCCCGACUUGUGUUUUUUUUUUUUCAUUAUGCUGCAAAUGGUCGAAUGCAAGUUGAUUGGCGCUGUGCACACUGUUGUGAUUUGAAACGAAAUUGUUUGAGGUGCCCACAAAACUUCGGAAAGUUCUUGCGACUAUACUGCAUUCCGAUUACUGUAUGGAUUCGUUUAGCAUCUGCAUCUCUUUUAUCGAGAUAUGAACUGAUAAAGUGUCAAUUUCUUCUCUCUCUGUUUUAUUACAACAAUUUUAUAAAUAAUUGGCUUCCUUGUUUUCAAGCAAUUAUACCACCGCACAACCAUGUAUAUGUUAAGAAGCAUAACUUUGUUGGCCACAAAAUGCACCAACUAUGCUAUGCUCAACAUAACUUUUUAACAUUGACAGCUUAAUGAGUUUGCGCUUUUGACUGUUCAGUCUCUGAUGUCUGUGUCCUAAUUUUUGUGCUGUUCUUCAACCAUGAAUUCAACAUGGACUGACCUGGGUUUUUAUUAAUUGCUUUUUGUUUUCCCCACGAGAGGAUGGCUUUAACUUGCUAAAGUAAAAGUGUGGCUCUGGCUUGUCUUUAAAGUCAGAAGUGUGGAUUACGCACAGUUCUUUACAUUAUUUUGAGUCAAAGGCUCUUGCAUUUAUGAAGUGUGCGAAUGCCUGUGUGUGCACGUGCAUGUUUGAGGCAUCCUAAAUGUGUCAUGUUCAACAAGAUACAUCAGCGAGCUUCUGUAGAAACAUUGAAAUUUAAUUUGUGAAUUGCACGCACACAUACCAAAUGAUCUGUGAAGUGCUAUGUGUUCUAUCAUAAAUGUGAAGUUGGGCUGCAUAGGUGUGACAAGACACAAACGAAGAAACGCGAUCGUACACACAGGUUCAUGCAGUGCAACUUCACAUUCACGAUCAAUAGUGAAAUAGACUCCACACAACCUUUCACUGUGCGUACGUGUUUGUCAUGACAGUAGCAUUUGCACAAGCUUAGGGAAUCGGCCAUAGUUGUCAGGAAAGCUAGCCAACUGCCCGUGAGAGCCAGAACGGAAAUUUCUAGGAAAUCAGUGGACCAGCAGUGGGCUACUUUCAAAAAUUUCUUCUCUGCUAAUUGCGUAUCAGUACCAGUUAUUCAGUAAUGUUUUUGGCAAGGGUUCGCUAGGGUCUUUGUGAACUUUAUGUGUCCAGAAUUGCAGUGCCUGUAUUCUGCAGGCUCACUGUACUACAUGGACAUACUACUGUUAACGUGUUCCUGCGUAGAUUAGAUCUGAAGCUGCGCUGCCUGUGUAGACAUCUUGUGGAGAACUGCUGAACCAAAAUUUUCUAUACCAAAUGUGCUGAGUUGAAUUGUUGCAGCGCUGUCGUUACAACACCGAGUUUUAGUCAUACACUGCCAAUGGAGAGACAUCUUGUGGACAUGCGUUAGACCAUGGCCUUCGAGAUUUGCGCGCAGAUUUUCCAACCGGCAUUCGGAGGCCAUGGCUAAACCAAAUUGUCGCAGGACUCCUGUUUCAAUGCAGUUUCUGUCGUGAUGUAUUACGGUGCAGAAAAGUGCCUUGCAAUUAGCAGACAUUUCUGCACGUUUGAAUGCAGUAGCUGCAAGGCAAUUGAUUAUCAUGCUAUUUUUACAGCUGAAAUGGGUAUGUUUCGGGGGUUUAUUCGCCAGUCAUACGGGCCACUUUCACUCGGAAUCAAGCCCAAUUGGGAUUUGAUUUCUCGGUCACAAUUGGCUCCUUGUGCAAGCUGCAGAAGGGAGCCAAUCGCAAUGGAAUUCGAUUCUGAUCGUGUUCGAUCGCGAUUGAAAGUUCCUGUGUGACACCUGUAUUAGACUCUCUCAUUGACAGAUGUAGCUUAGUGGGAAAUCUACAUAAGUGACUAUGUCAUCUUUAUAGACGCUUUUUCAUCAUGGGGAUUGAGCAGGCCUGAGUUGGGCAUUGUAAAGUGUCCUGUCCUGUCCUGUCCUGUUGCAUUUUGGUUAUGCAACUGCUCCACAAGAUGUCACUAGUGGCAUUGUGCUUUCUAAUACGUGGAGUUCAAGCCAAGGCAAUCCAGGCUUUUACUGGUGUCUGUGUGCUGAGCACAUUUGAGCCGCUUGUUUCUCAGCAACCGCAAAUUGCACAGCAGUAGUGAUGAUGUUGGCGCUGUUGAGCAAAAUGUUUCUGCUGUUUCAGUGAAAUAAUAUUUGUCUGUUGAUGUACAAAUAUUUUAUAAGCACUGCGUUUGUGAUAAGCAAUUUGCAUUGUUGAUUUCAUUCACAGCUACAUAAACGGUUUUAAAGUUUAGAGUGGUGGCCAUUCAGUUGUACGUGCUGUAUUCCUGCAGCCAUACAACCAAGCCGGCUUCAAGAGUUUUUAUCUGUUCCUUUGUUAUGUUCGUUGAUGUCAUACGAGCCACUUCCUUAGGAUCUUAAACUGCUGAAUGUAUAUCAUCUUUGAACUAGUCCUAUCAAUUUUUUCUGCUGCAUAGGUUGUGUUGUCUUUUUCUUUCUUUAUCCAUGCCAAACUGCAUAACUAAUUAGCACAUCUUGAGAGUAUACUGCUUUUGUGAUAAUUUUCAUAUGAAGGUAUGCAAAAUGAAAGUGCUGCCUUAAAGUGGUCUCUGGGAAUAAAAUAUGAAAUUGAGAAGCUUAUCAU